CUCCAAACUCCUCCAACUCCAACUCCAAAAUUUUGCUGCAAAACUUUGGAGUUUUCGAUUUUCAGCAAAACUGCAGAAGUUGUGCAGUUUUAAUUAUCUUAUUCUGUUCUUCGUUUCAUUUCGUUGCAGGUUGAUCAAAAUACUGCAUUUUGUUGGGUGUAUCCGUGUAUGACACUGCGAUACCCUACAGUUUCCUUCUGGAAAGUGGAUACUUGAGUUGCAGAACGUUGCCAGUGUGGUAGCUCGCUAAGGCUUUAGGUUAGAAACUGCCAAACGGGAAAACACUUUGCUUACCGCUUUCCAUUAGCAAUCGCUUUAAAGCUUUAUAGCGAAAACUUCAUUCUGCUGCUGUUUUUAUCGAUUGGCUCUUGAGCAUCAAUGACGGACGAAGAUAAAAGCCUCAUAGGGAAAGCAUACGAUUUUUGGAAACGGCAUAAACGGAAGGCUAUCGUUCUUGGUGGUAUUUCUGGAGCGGUGUAUUUGUACAAUAAUUCGGAGGAAGUGCGCGAUGUUGUGGAUCAAACAUGGAAUUGGAUCGCGCAGAAACUACCCAUUCCUGCACAGAUAUUCCCGCAUCCGGACGAGGCCCGGUCCAAAGUGGGCAGGAAUCGCCUGCGACCAGGAGGAGUGAUUUUGCACGAGGAACACAGUAGUGCUGGAGAAUGCCAUAGUGCGACGAGCAUUGCCGACAGUCAGAGCAUUGUGGCUACGUGUAUUCAACUGCUCCAGAUGGCCGGCAAGAAUCUCGAUGGGACGCUAUCUACGGAAGCGUUACGAUUGGAAAUCUCUAAAAAUCCUGCCAAUAAAAUGGAAUUAUGGGAGGAAAUGAAGAUAGUCUCAUGGAGCCGGUGCUUUGCGUCUCUGUACACUGUGUGCCAUUUGGUGAUGUAUCUGCAGAUCCAGACAGGUGUGGCUGGUCGGUUUCUCUGCAUCCAGAAUGCUGAAUCGUCCAGGGAUCUCAAUCGAAAAUUGCAGAUUAUUUCCCAUCAUGUCCAGUGUGCUGAAUUUCCGGUCAACGAAGGAUUUGGACGAAUGAUGAAAGUCACGCGCGAUGUUGUAUCCAAAGUGGUUGCGUUUCGAGGUCUGCAAGAUUUCCUGUCCCUCAACGAUAUUCGCCAGAUAAUCUCCGAUGUUCGUAAAAUUAUGGAGGAUGGAGUGGGCGACGAAGGAUACCGGCGCUAUCACAAUUACCAUUUGGAAUUCCUUGUUCCCGAAGCACAGCUCGAUUCUAGUAUCGAUCGAGAGCCGCUUGAACAUUCCUGCGAAUCUGCUGCGUUAUUAUCCUUGACAAAUGAUGUUAAUGCAGCUCUCCAGAGUGUCGAUUGUUCCAUGAUCCUCAACUGCUGUCUGGAAUAUUCCUUUACCAGAUUUAUCGCAGAAAUUAAGUCUUUCGUGGAUGACCGUGCAAGAAAAACAAAUGCUAAAGAGUCGGCAAGGAUCCCGCAUGCCGCACUGUUGCCGGCGGUAUCGAGAAUCUCGAAUUUAUACAUCAAACCACCGGAGGCGGAACCACUCAUCAAGGAAUUGGUGGAUAUCCAGUAUUUUCGCCCGUUCGUCGAGCGGAUAGUGUCACAGUCGUUGCAGCUGAAUUCCGUCGUUACAAAUUGAUCUGGUUCCUUUCUGACUGUUGAUAACAUAAGGACCUAAUGUGGUGACUGAUAUUCGAUUCGUAUUUGUUAACUGUUCCUCUGUAAGAAUUUGCAGUUGUAGAAAAUUUGCUUUAUCUUUGUCCCAGUCAUGACGAGAAUAGUCAAAAUGUUGCUAUAAAAGCGCGAACAUUUAUUGGUUUGUUUACUUUUAACCAAAACGGAACUGUGUUAAUGUUUGUCUUGCACACUCGAGAAAUUAUUAAUACACCGCUUUCCUGCCAGCAACCGGUGCUGCAACGGAAGGCACAUUUUGGUAUAAAACUGGUACAAAAUGCUGGGCGAAAAUACAAUAA